GAGUGAGUGUGUAUAUGGAGGGGGGUGCUCCAGAGAGAGCUGGAAUUCUACCUCUUUCAGACCUUUGCAUUCCUCAUAGAGGUUUUUUCUCGUUUUCAUUUCUCUUAAAACAUCUGGGGUGAGGAAAAUCUCUGCACUGGCUGAGCAAAAGAAACAGGAUCUCUGGCUCAGCUAGGAGUGGCACCUCACAGCAUAAAGGAAGACAUUUUCUAAACACUGUCUUGGAAUAAGAAGUUGAAGUUUUUGUGAAAACACGCAAUUUAGAGAACAUGGGCUGUACCUCUUCAUCUUCAAAGAAAACCAAGGAAUCUGAUAAAGUACUGGCUGCCACAUUAGUAAUCCAGAGCUGGUACCGGCGUUACCGUGCUCAAUUAAAGACCAGAGAACGCUCUGCCCUCCACAUCUUCCAGUCCAUCGAAUAUGCUGAUGAACAAAGCCAACUGCAGCUAUCCAAUUUCUUUACCUUCGUGUUGGAACACUACAGACAUAUCCGCGCGAAAGAUCUCAGAUUAGUCAAUCGACUGUAUGUCUCCAGCCAGCAUGAAAGGGAUAUAAUGGACGACGACGACGACGGGAUGCUGUCAGAAAUCUCAGACAUCUACGGCGGUCCUCAGCUGCAAUUUCCCCUCACUUUUGCUGAUGUUGAGUCACUUAUUGAGGGCUACAAGCAACAUCAGUUACUUCAUGCAUGUUAUGUCUUAGAGAUACUAUUUGAAACCAAGAAAGCCCUGAAGCAAAUGCCGAAUUUUAAUCUCGUAAAAACUUCUCCCUCCAAAGAGGUAACAAUCUGUGGUGAUCUGCAUGGAAAGCUGGAUGAUCUCUUUUUGAUCUUCUAUAAGAAUGGUCUCCCAUCAGAGAACAAUGCGUACAUUUUUAAUGGUGAUUUUGUAGAUCGAGGAAAUAAUUCCAUAGAGAUCCUCAUGAUCCUGCUCGUGAGUUUUCUUGUUUAUCCCAAUGACGUGCACUUGAACAGAGGGAACCAUGAAGAUUUUCUGAUGAAUAUGAGGUAUGGCUUCUCAAAAGAAGUCAUGAAUAAAUAUAAGCUAUAUGGAAAGAAAAUCUUACAAGUCUUGGAAGAAGUCUAUGCCUGGCUCCCAAUUGGUACAAUCAUUGACGAAGAAAUCCUGGUCAUACAUGGUGGGAUAUCCGAGUCCACAGACUUGAAUUUUCUCCACUGCUUAAGCAGAAACAAAAUGAAGUCUGUGCUGAUGCCACCAAUUCAAAUGCAUAGAGGCUAUGGUGCUGAGUUUAGGAAAAGCAAAGGAGAAACGCUUCAGGGAGUCAGAACAACACGUUUAUCCUUUGCUGAAGAGGUAGCACAGAAAGAAUGGGAUCAGGUUGUCAGUAUUCUGUGGAGUGAUCCCAGAGACAAAAGAGGCUGUCAUCCAAACACAAGUCGAGGAGGGGGCUACUAUUUUGGACCAGAUGUUACCGCCAAGGUUCUUAGUAAGUUCCAGUUGAAGCUGCUCAUUAGAUCCCAUGAAUGCAAGCCCGAAGGCUAUGAAAUCACCCAUAAUGGGAAGGUUAUUACUGUAUUUUCUGCAUCUAAUUAUUAUGCAGAAGGCAGCAAUCGAGGAGCUUAUAUCAAGCUGAGCCGUGGUACCCGCCCUCGAUUUUUCCAGUACCAAGUAACUGAGGUUACACGCUCAAGGCCUCUUCACCAAAGGGUGACUACUAUUGAAAGUAGUGCCAUCAGGAUAUUAAAAGAGAGAAUAAUUUCACGAAAAACUGACCUCAUUAAUGCUUUCCAACUUCAAGACCGCAAAAAAUCAGGGAAACUUUCUCUGGGCCAGUGGGCUUUUUCCAUGCAGAACGUUCUGGGGCUGAAGUUAGCGUGGAGAUCCCUGAGUUCACAUCUGGUCACCACAGACAAAGAUGGAAAUGUUGACUACAUGUCCUGCUUCUCCGAUAUCCACAUUCAAAAGCCUGUGAAAGAGGUUCAGUCAGCUGUAAUUGAAACUCUGUACAGAUACCGCUCUGACCUGCAAAUCAUCUUUGAUAUCAUUGACACUGAUCACUCAGGUCUGAUCUCCAUGGAAGAAUUUCAUUCCAUGUGGAAACUUUUCAGUAGUCACUACGAUGUUCAUAUUGAUGAUCACCAAGUUUAUGAACUCGCUGAAAAAAUGGACCUAAACGAAGAUGGAGGCAUCGACUUCAAUGAGUUUUUUAAGGCUUUCUAUGUAGUCCACAAAUUUGAUAAGUUGAACAAGUCAGACACCAAUUUUGCUUAACAAGAAUUAGGGCUUUUCCCUCCUCCUUGUGAACAACCACUGACACAAUCUUUUCCAGGGCCCUUGAAAUUCACAGUAGUAAAGAAAAGUACACCUCAAUUUAUGCCAUAAGCAGACGUAUAGUGUAGGUCAUGGAAAUCCCUAGUAAGCUGUUAUUGGUAAGAUUAGGUUAAAUGUCAGCUGAUAGAUUUGGUUCCAGUGGCAGAACCCAGACAUUUCUAGGUAGAAACUGAGUUUGAACCUAAUACUGGUCUCUUGGAUGUCACCUAACCAGGAGACCAGAGCAGUUUAGAAACAUACAGAAAUGUACCCACAGUGCGCCAGAGAAAAGUACACCAUCUGUGAGUAGCUGAGGGAUAGGAGGAGGAAUACUAGACUAUUAAUGCAAUAAAAUAUUUCCAUCUGUCAAAUGUAAUCUUCUUUGGUGAUACCAUAAACCAGUGAUUCUCAAUUGUAAGA